AUAUCAUGCAAUUUUACAUAAUUUGGACUACGAGGUAGGUUGCUUGGUGCAUUUGUCUGCAUAAUCCAAGUUUAUCAUAUCAACUUUUUUGUGAUCAAUCGUCCUGAUCUUCCUGUCACUGAAAAAGAAAAUCUUAUACACACACUUGGCACACUAUGAUUAUUCGACCGAUUGUCGUGAUACAAAUUCAAUACAAAGCAAUAUGCAGCUCGUUUACUCACUCUCACUGCACAUUAGUGUACCGACUACCGAGGAGUACUCUUUGUUAGCUGCCCAAACCAGCUCGAGGAAGCAAAACAUCAUCGUGAUUUUGAUUAAUGUCGACUAACGCAACAACAACCAACGUAUUCUGGUAUACAAAAUUAUAUUGUAAAACAACGGAUAUGCUAAUUAGUGUUUAUAUAUAUUCCAAUCUAAUCUGAUGGACGGUGACAGAAGAUGCCCACCCCCCAGAUAUUAUAAUCUUACACAAUAAUAAUAUCUAAGCAGCAAAACCCGCAGUCGUCGACUCGACCACUUUAAUUUAAUGGUGGGUGGCACAUCCUAAUCUACUCUAAUCAACGUCGUCGAUAGAUAGAUUCCCGUCCCUUCUUUUGUCUUCUCUCCCCAGUCACCACCACCGGCCCCUUUUCCCUUUACAAUAAUUCCAGGAUCUGGAGUCGCUAAAACGCUAAAAAUGCCUGUCGACAGGCAGAAGGGAAGACAGCCGUCCAAAUUGAGGUAAUUAAAUUAAUAACAAUUAUCAUUAAUUGCCUUCCCGCGGCUUCCAAGCUCCAACCUCCCAUCCAGUAACGGAAAACGACCGGCGCCCGCCCCACGGCUUUUGCCCCUCUAUUUCUAUCCCAUCCCCCCACUACUCGCACUUGCUUCCACGCUACUAUUCAUUCCAUCACUCAACAAGAAGAGAAAACCAGAGAAGAGAGAAACAGAGAAAAGCUUGAUUGGAAUGGCGAUGCCAAUGAUUAGCAGGGAAGGAUGCGGCGGCGGCGGCGGCGGACACUACUCUCCUCCGUCGUCGUUCAGGCACAUGCUCAAGUCCUCCAUCUGCUGCUUCACCCCCGUCGGCCAGCUCCCCCACGAGAUCCUCGACCCCGAAGAGGAGGACGAUUAUACAGAUAAGCCGGCUGUGAGGUCGAGCUGUGACCUCGAGAUCCGGGAAAUGUGCCGCCGCGGGUUCGGGGGGAGGAGAUCCGGCGGCGGACGCAACCGUAGGCGCUACAGAUCCGAGGACUUCAGGUACGAUCCGGCGAGUUACUCGUUGAAUUUCGAGGACGAGGCUCACCGGGAGGACGAGCUGGCCCUCAGCGGCUUCGCCGCCAGGCUGCCGGCCACUCCCGACAGGUACUCGGUGGCGGAGAGCUGGAAGGGCAGCAAGGCUCCGUCGGCGGCGGAAGGAGGUCGGAGGAGGGAGGUCACUGUUUGGAGUUGAGAGUCAAUUGGGUUGAAUUUUUCGCGUAAUUAAAGGAAGGCUCCGAUGAUGAGAAUUCUAUUAUACACAAUUACCGGCAGCUGAUUUUAUAAUUGUUUCUGCUGCUGGGGCUAUAGCUCUUUGGUACGCUGUAAUCUGUAUAUACGAAGAGUUAUCGAUGAAUUCGAUUAUGCAAAUAUGCAAGCUCUGUUAAUUUUCCUUUCUUCUUCUUCUUCGCAAGUCUGUGUUACUUACUGGACUCCAUUUUUUAGGGUCGCAGUUGGAGAAGGCACAUGGGUUCGAUCGGCGCAACUGUCGGCACGUUGUGGGGUUGGGUAUGGUUGGAAACCUGUGGUAGGGUUGGGUUUACUGCUGCUACGUUAUCUUGUUGGUUGGGGGUUGGGGAAUGUUACGUUGCAGGUUUUGGAUAAGUACUCACUCACCCUUUGGGCUUUUGGGUAGUAGUGGACUAGUGGGCUGCUCCUUGUGUAGUUGGGGGAAACACGAAUGUCUUACAGUGACAACUAUGAAGAGUUCAGAUUGUAAAAUUGUGUCGGAAGUUAUAACGAAUCAAUGGUUAGUAUUAUGUACUAAAAGCGUGAUUUAAUCAUUUUAUAUUGCUCGAAUCACCGAUAUUUUCUGUCUUACCGGCUAUUGGGAUAUGAUUUCUAAGACAUUCCCGUGGAGACGACAAGAUAUGUAACACAUGAUAUGAGGGGCCUGGUGCUAGCUAGUUAUGACGAACAAUCAAACAAUACGUAAGAAUAAUGAAAUGGCAAGACAAUCAGAUUUACAUGGUAUUCUUGAAAAUCAAGAACUAUUCCUCGAAAGAGCUAGAGCCUAGAAGGCUCUUCGGCUACUGAUGUCUCAGUUACUACUGUGUUUGUACGGAGAUUGACGAUUACUAAAAUGGUUGCGGCUACUCUACUUAAGGAUUAUUAAAAAAAAUACUCUACUUAAGGAAAGUUGAACCCCUUCGCACACCUAGGUCAUCGCGACGCCACUCCUAGAAUGCAUGGGCUCUUUUUUUUAUCGGAAACCUGUGAGGUAAUUUAUUAACCAGUGAAAACGAUUACGUUGUCCAACAAUAACUGGUCAACAAUAUAGACCGGCGGUUUAUCAAACCAAACCUCAUGCUCAUUCCAACUUGUUGCUACCUGUGUGUGCCACUAAGUGUGCGACUUCAUUUCAUGUAUGCCCCACAUGCUGCCAAGACCGCUAUCUAUGGCUCCCAUAGAUAGGGGUGUUCACUUUUCAAACGGUGUGGUUACCACGGUAAACAUUUUAACCAGUACUAUUUGGAUAAUUAGGUUAAUUGGUUUGGUUUGGUUAAAGCUUUUAGCUUGUUUGGUUUGGUUUCAGGCACUUAUAACCAACCAAACCAAAUUAACCAGAUAAAUAAUUAGCCAUAUAUCUAAUAUAUACACAUACUUAAUACUUUGAAUAACCACUCAAGAGUUAAACGUUCAUCCUUUUAGAAUCAUAAAAUAUAAAGCUUGAUAUUGUUCCUAUAAUGUAUAUUUGUAUAUGUAGAGUGUAGACCACAACAUAUGAACGCCUAAUUUGGAUAAAUCUCAUACAUUAUAUUGGAUGAAAACUUGAAAGCAAGGUCCUUUUCAGCCUAUGAAAAUUACUAAAAGACUAAGUCAAUUCAAACAAACACAACAAUUCAUUAACUCAUACCAUUGUGAUAAAUUUAAUCUUAUUUG